AUGUUGAAAAGCUGUGGAAAUACAUCAGUGGCCACUUCAAUAGGAAUUUCCCUUCUUUUCCUCUUGUUGAUCUGUGGAAUUGGGUGUGUUUGGUGUUGGAAACAUGGUAAUCCAGUGCAGUUUACCUUGCCAAGGGUCUUGCAAAGGAGAAGCAGCAGGAGAAAAGAUUAUAUUAAGACACUCUCAUGUCUCCUCGCUAUCAGCUCAAGGAAUAAAAUCUCAGUUCAGAACCAAGACUGCAGAUCUUCUGGGAGAGGGACUAACACACAUGGCAGCUAUGAAAAUGUGGAAAGUGGUGCUCCCAAACCUAAAGAAGAAACUGAUAAAGAACUAUAUGAGAACCCUCAGCAGACCAGUUUCGAGGAGCAUAUCUAUGGAAAUGAGAUGCCAUCCCAAUAUUAUAACUUCCAGAAGCCUAGUACUUCUGAAGUCUCUCAAGAUGAAGACAUAUAUAUUCUUCCAGAUUCAUAAUAACUUUUGAAAAUAUCGGGUUUAAGUUAUCAGAGGAUAAAUACUCACUGGGACUUUUAUUUUACUGAUGUCAUUGUUAAUCAUGU